UGUCAGAUUUUGAAAUUGGCGGCUUGUGCUUUUUUUCUCUUCAUCUUAUCCCGUAUAACGCCAACCGAAUUAUACCCUCCCUCACCUCGUCAUUGCAGUGGUGCUAAUGUCAGAUUGCAUGAUAGCGUGCGUUCUGCCCGCCGCUCAUCUUUUUCGGUCUUGCAUUGUCUCCGGCAGGUCCAUCGACAACGAGAGAUGUCCACUGAGGACUCGACAGGGGUACAUGAGGCAAGAGAAAAAGAUUCGCAGACACACACACACUCUCUCUCUCUCACACAUCAGACAGCCGCAGCGGGUAAAGGGAAAGGAGAUCCAUGA